ACACACAUAUUACACAAUUCUCUUCGACCUCAGUGAAAUGGCAAUGUCGCCGGAGAACAAACAUCCAGUGAAGGCUUUUGGAUGGGCAGCCAGAGACUCUUCCGGACAUCUCUCGCCCUUCAAGUUAUCGAGAAGGAUCACCGGAGAAAAGGAUGUGACUUUUAAAGUAUUGUACUGUGGUAUAUGCCAUUCCGAUCUCCAUAAUGUCAAGAACGAAUGGGGAAAAACUUCUUAUCCCGUUGUGCCCGGGCAUGAGAUUGUAGGAGUGGUCACCGAAGUGGGCACUAAAGUGACAAAAUUCAAAGUCGGGGACAAAGUGGGUGUUGGGUGUAUGGUUGGAUCAUGUCAUUCAUGUGCAAAUUGCAAAGACCAUCUUGAAAAUUACUGCCCGAAGAUGAUCUUGACAUAUGGUGCAAAGUACUACGAUGGAACCACCACCUAUGGUGGCUACUCGGACAUCAUGGUAUCGGAUGAGCAUUUCGUGAUUAAAAUCCCGGACAACGUGCCUCUCGAUGGUGCUGCUCCUCUCCUUUGUGCUGGGAUCACUGUUUACAGUCCGUUGAAGUACUACGAGCUUGACAAGGUCGGGACGCAUUUAGGGGUGGUUGGGCUUGGUGGGCUCGGGCACAUGGCUGUGAAGUUUGCUAAGGCCAUGGGCCUCAAAGUUACCGUCAUUAGUACCUCACCAAACAAAAAGAAGGAAGCCAUGGACCAUUUGGGAGCCGAUGCAUUCUUGGUUAGCCGUAAUACAGAAGAGAUGGAACUUGCGAUGGGCACAAUGGAUGGUAUCAUUGAUACAGUCUCAGCUGUGCAUGCUCUUUUGCCUUUGAUUGGUCUAUUGAAGAGUAAUGGAAAGCUCGUCAUGGUUGGUGCACCAGAGAAGCCGCUUGAGCUACUUGCUUUCCCACUCCUCAUGGGUAGAAAGAUGGUGGGAGGAAGUUGCAUUGGAGGGAUAAAGGAGACGCAAGAGAUGAUUGAUUUUGCAGCAAAGCACAAUAUAGUCGCGGAUAUUGAACUUAUUCCUAUGGAUUAUGUGAACACCGCCAUGGAGCGUCUACUAAAAGCGGAUGUUAAGUAUCGAUUCGUCAUUGACAUUGCCAAUUCAUUGAAGCCUUUCUGAUGAUGAGCCCAAUGGAUUACUACUCGAUUGAGCAUAGAUGAAUAUUAGCUUUCCCUAUAUUACUAUCUCAUAAAGUCAUAAUCAUGUUUUAUGACUAAGAUUUUGCUUCAUCUAGGAUGGCGACAUCACUUCAUUGUCCCCUUUGGAAUGACGUUGAUAACUUUGUAAGUUUGUAUAGAUAGCAACCUUGUUUUAGGUUGUUAUCCUCAGAAAGU